AUUUCUAACAGCGACAGUCCUGAGGGAAGCAGAGCUCUGAGGGAGAGAGAGGAGAGGAUAAAGGAGAGAAAAUGGCAAUGACACUUACUAGGGCAGGCAUUUAAAGCAAGGUGGGACGUGAAAUUAAAAGGAAAGAAAGGCAGUUAGAUUCAUAAAGAAAGAUCUGAGGGGAAUCAGUAGGUGAGGAAACACGGGAGGGAGGAAGAAAAAGGAAAGGUGUUACAAGGGAAAGUAGAGAACAAAAGCAACUGUAGGUUGACUCGUUACCAUGACAACAGAGGCAGGCUCUAAGACAGAGGUGAAGGAGAAAGCAGAGGAGUCAGCUGCUGGGCCUGACCAAUCAGAGCAAGCCAAGCAGGAACACCAGGAAGGAGAAAACGCUGUGAGAGAGGAGAAGGAGGGCAAAGGAAUAUCUCGAUAUCUGCCGACAUGGUUUAAGAAGCCGAAGUCUCAAAGCCAGACCUCCCCGACUAAAGAGGUUCAGCCCACAGAGGAACCUGCUAGCAAGGCUACAAAGGAAGAAGAGGGGCCUUCCCCAGACGUGAACGGUCACGCCGAGGAAGUAGAAGAGAAGGAGGAAGUAAAGUCGGAGCAAGUGAAGGAAACAGAGGCAGAGACUCAUUCCAAUACCAGUGCAGACACCGAGCCAGCCAAGGGAGAAAGGGUGGAAGAGGUAGAGGAGCAGAGUCCAGAAGAAGCCAAGGAAACAAAGGAGGGGGAAGGAGCAGAGGAGGAGAAGAAGGAAGGACAGGUGGAGGCUGAAGGGAACGGGCAGACAUCUGUUUUCCAGUCUCCUCUUCGCGUGGUGAGAAAGACCAAGAUGAAGGUGAUAGUGUGUCACGUCACCCUCCUGGAUGGGACCGACUUCACCUGUGAGGUGGAGAAGCGUGCAAAGGGUCAGUUCUUGUUCUUUAAGGUGUGUGAGCAUCUUAAUCUGCUGGAGAAAGACUACUUUGGCCUGAUAUACAAAGACAACCAUGAACAGAAGUGUUGGUUGGAUCCCACAAAGGAAAUUAAGAGACAAAUACGCAGUAACAACUGGCAGUUCACUUUCAAUGUGAAGUUCUACCCUCCUGAUCCGUCUCUACUCACCGAAGACAUCACAAGGUACCUUUUGUGUCUGCAGCUGCGAGAGGAUGUGGCUUCAGGGCGACUGCCUUGCUCUUUUGUCACUCAUGCUCUGCUGGGGUCAUACACACUGCAGGCUGAAUUUGGCGACUAUGAGCCGGACCAGCCUCGCCCUUUGGACUUCAUCAACCAGCUGACGUUCGCCCCCAACCAGAACAAAGAGAUGGAGGAGAAGAUUCUUGAGCUCCACAAAUCCCACAGGGGAAUGACACCGGCGCAGGCUGACCUCCAGUUUCUAGAAAAUGCCAAGAAACUGUCCAUGUACGGGGUGGACCUGCACCACGCUAAGGACUCCGAGGGUGUGGACAUCAUGCUCGGUGUGUGUGCCAACGGGCUCUUGGUCUACAAAGACAGACUUCGAAUAAAUCGAUUCGCUUGGCCCAAAAUACUCAAGAUAUCAUACAAGAGGAACAACUUCUAUAUUAAGAUCAGACCCGGCGAGACGGAGCAGUUUGAGAGCACGGUGGGAUUCAAACUUCAGAAUCAUCGAUCUGCCAAGAGGCUGUGGAAGGUGUGUGUGGAGAAUCACAGCUUCUUCAGGUUAAACGCACCGGAGCCUCCUAACAAAGCCCGCUUCUUGACUCUGGGAUCUAAGUUCCGCUACAGCGGGCGGACCCAAGCCCAAACUCGCUUGGCCAGUUCCCUCAUAGACAGACCCGCUCCUAGCUUCGACCGCACCUCAUCAAAGCGCAUCAGCCGCAGCUUGGAUGGAGCACCUGUGAUCAGUGUAACUGCAGCUGGGCGAGACGGAGCUGAGAACGGACGCGACCCCCAUCUAGAGCUUCACUCUGACUCGAAGAGCGGACUGAGAGUGCAUGGGGACACUAUUUAUGUGAGGCACAGUAAUUUAAUGUUGGAGGAUCAUGAUAAGACCCAAGAGGAGGUUCUGAAACACCAAGCUAGCAUUAGCCAGCUCAAACGCUCCUUUAUGGAGGCGCCGCCUCCCUCUCCACCUCAGCCCAACCAGUGGGAGAAACGUCUCACCUCCUCUCCUGCUACAGCGACUCGUGUUCAGCAACAACAUGUGGUCAGCGUGUCUCAGACAGAAGCAGCUUCAGCUGAAAACACGAUCUCUGAAACCAAAGAGCCUGAGAAGAUGACCGAAAUUGAAAUAGAAGAAACUGUUGUUAUCCAAGAGGUCUCCAAAGCAACCAAAGCUGGACUUGUCACAGUUCCACCCAGUCCUCCUCCUCCUCCUGCUGCUGCUGCGCCUCCUGCAGAGCAAGAGACGCAGCAGCAGGAGGUCAAAGUUCAAGAGGAAGUAGUGACAGUGGAGGAAACGCAGCAGAGGAAGCAGGAGAGCGUUUCGUCAGAGAGCGAGAGUGAGGAAGAGGCGGAAUAUCAUCCGGAUGUUCCCGUGUCGCUCUGUCAAACGCAAAUACCAGAGGAGAAGGAAGAAGAAGAAGAAGAAGAAGAAGAAGAAGACGUUGAGCCAGAGAAGGAGGUGGAGGAGCAGGUUUCACCUCCAGUGGCACUCCCUGCUUUAGCGGAGGUCAGCCACCCUGAAGAUGAAACCAGUCAAGAGGGAGUGUGCAGGAAAGAGGAUGCAGAUGAGAACAAAGAGCAGGAGCAUGAGACGGAGGAGAGCACAGACGAUGUGAUGGUGACUCCCGACGAAGCUCCUGACAGUCCUCUCUUGUCUGAGGAGACUGAGAAGACAGCUCCCUCAGAGGAAAAGGAGCCUAGAGUGAAUGGAGAAGCCUUGCUGGUUGAAGUGGACCCACGGCCACAGGUUAUUUGUUGCUCUGAGCCGCCGGUGGUAAAGACAGAAAUGGUGACUAUAUCAGACACGUUUGCAGCCCAGAAAACUGAGAUAGCUACAAAAGAAGUGCCCAUCGUUCACACGGAAACCAAGACCAUCACAUACGAGGCUGCUCAGCUGGAUGGUAACGGUGACGGUGAGCCUGGGGUGUUGAUGACCGCUCAGACAAUCACCUCUGAGUCUUUGUGUACAACUACAACCACACACAUCACCAAGACAUUAAAAGGUGGGCUGUCAGAGACCAGGAUUGAAAAACGCAUCGUCAUCACGGGUGACUGUGACAUCGACCACGACCAGGCUCUGGCACAGGCCAUUAAGGAGGCCAAAGAGCAACAUCCUGACAUGUCUGUUACCAGAGUGGUUGUUCAUAAAGAAACUGAGCUGGCUGAGGAGGAGGAUUGACUGAACUCAGCACUGAAGGGCCUACGGUGGCGUUUCUUCUCUCUUGACAACAAACGAUCUUCAUCAUUCUACAUGAACCGACUGCCAGAAGAGGAGCUGAAGAAAGGAAGGAGGAGGAGGAGGAGUUGUGGCUGAAGACGUCACUCUCUCGUCCCAGAAGGUCUUUCUCAUGUCUUUGGUGCAUUUCAGUACCUCACCGCAAAAACCAAGAAAAAUCAUCCUAACAGAGGGAACAAAAACAAGAACCACUUUAACUAACAUUUGUAGUAUUUUGUAUUAGUUUUUUUUUUUUUUUACAUGUUUUACAAUAAGCAUCACUAAACUAAAACUGAAGACUUACUGAUUACUUCACCUGUUUUCAUGAAGUCUUGUUUUAUUGGUAUUUGAACCAGUUUUUGGUCCAUUCCUUUAAAAAAGCAUUUUGGCUCCUCCUUUCACUUUAUUACACUUUUAAUUGAAAAAUCAUAGAAGUCAAUUUUUUAAUUUAAAGUAAAAUGAGAAAAACAAAUAAGCACAACUAGCUCUUAUAAACACCAAAUAGAAACACGUUUCUCUUCAUGAUCACAGUUUUAAUAUCUAUGGAUGGAGCCGUAGCUGAAAAACGUCUAUUUUUAUUUUAUUUUAUUUUUUAUUUUUUGUAAGUAAAAUAAUUCAUUCAUCCACAUUCCUUUGAAAAUGACCAGCAGCAUAUUUAGUUCAGCCCACAUUUUAUUCUAAUAAUAAUAAUUUUACAUUUACAGCAGGUGGGAAUCAAUUCUUAAUCCAGUUUAAGAAGCCAAAUGUGAUUCAAUCUAAAGUUUUUACAACCAUUGUUAUUUUUUACACUGAAAACAAAACAGACUUGGAAGCUGGUGAAAUAAUGACUGUAUAAAAUAAAAUGAAGGUUAUAAAAUAAGUGCAGCUCUUUGUUAAACACUAACCAUUCCUACUGGGCACCAAGGGAACAAGGGAGAGUACCUGGAAAACUGGAGGAUAAUUGGGAGAGUGCCAACACAAUGGGAAUAAUUAAAAAUAAUAAUCUUAAUUUGAAUAUUAAUACAAGUUAGCCAUAAUUUGCUGAGGAGAGGAGAAAAUUUUAAUCCUUUCAUUUAAAUUAUUCAUAUGUUUUCUCUUUUUUUUUGUGCUACAACUAGAGAAGGUACCAAAAAGAACUUGAAACCGGUUCUGACCCACACGCAGACUGAUGCUAACUCCACAAACUGUUUGUUCCACUUCUGCUCUGUUCACGCACAGCUUCUUUUUUUUCCAUAUCUAAGUAGAUAAAACACGAGCAAAGCUUGUUAGAAAUGACGAUUCCACAUGUUUGACACGUUUGAACGUUUAGCUGGGAUGCCGCCGUGCCGACUGGCAUUAGCGUGUGUAGCUAGCAGCUUAUCGUGGUGUUUUUAUUUCUGACGUGUUGCUGGCUGUGUUUAACUGUUUUACUGCAACCAAAUAUUUUUGCUGCAGUCAUUCUGUGUCUUUAAAUGGUUCUUGUGCAUGCCUGGACAACACACACACACACACACACACACACACACACACACACACACAUACACACACACACACACAUCAGUCACCGCACUAAAGGUGUAACUACCGCUACAAAAAGCAGCUUAAAGGGAAAAACAAACCACAUUCCUCUGAUUGGGCUUUUUAAAUGUUGUUGUUUCAAGAUGCGCCUUCUCAUGAAACUUUUAUCUAAUGUCUAUCUCCUGGAGUGGCUUAUAGCGCACGCCAAACACUAAAACCAUUUAGAAAUUAAAAAAUGAGAAUUAAAAUCAGGGUUUGACUUUACUAUGCAGGCGAAUGGCAUUCUAUGAGGGAGAAGCUUUAAACUUCUAAUUCCCGUACAACACAGCAGAAAAACAAUUUGUAAAAAUACAGUUUGGGAUAUUUUUAGGCAGCUUUGGAAGUUUUUAAAUCUCAUGUUGUUUAAUCUCAUCAAACGUGUUUGUAGAUUUUCUCAUCGCUCAACUUUUCUCUGCUUCUGGUUGUUCGAAGACGGGAUUUGUUUUACCACCUUAUGCAUAUUUGUAAUAUUGUCACAGUUUUAUGUUUUUUUUUUUUGUAUUUGUGGGGGGGUGGGGGGUGGGGGGCAAUGAAGGAACACCACUACAAGUAAAUGUCUGCCACAUCAUUUAGCAGCAGGGUUGAGGUCUUCACCAAUCACAGGAGCUGUGAGGCAUCUAGGUGACUUUCCAAAAUGUUUGCAAUACUAUCAUUAUGUUUUAUAAAGUUAUCCCCAAAACCAAAAAAAUCAAUGUUAUUUUUUAUUCAGAAUUCUUAAAGAGCAAGUCACCCCCUGCAAGAAACUUACUCCACUCCCACUUCCUGUUUGAAAAAUGCAACAAAUGCUGUUGCCUAGCAGACCGAGAGAGCGGAGCCACUAACAAAUACACACAAACAAGGUCACAACAGCAUUUUGACAUCAUAAUGUACCAGCUAACAUCAUAGUGUACCACUUAGCAAAUAGCGAUGGCAGAUUGAAAUUCAAAUGUAGUAGUUUUUACCUGACGACGGCACAACACUGACGGUUUAUUUAAAUUUUUACUAAGAUGCACUAAAGUGACAAAUUAUUAUUUACACAUAUCCACAGCAUGAUUAGACUCUAAUUUAUAUAGUUUACCAGCAAAAACAAAAAAAAGUAGACUUGGGGUGACUUGCUCUUUAAAGCAAGGUAUAGCUUUAUGCUAAAAUGCUUCACGGUUGCUAUGACAAUUGAUUUGAAGACAAUUAUCCAAACAGUGCAACAAAUCUUAAUCAAAUAGUUUAUUUGUAAAACUCAGGUUACGUUUUAUAGUUGAGACCAAAAUAUUUUUGCAUAUCGUUUAACAUAACGAUGAAAAUUCACCUUUCAAAAAGCACAUUUUGGAAACUCUGCUAGCUGCCAUGUUGCUUCCUGUGUGCUAACCCGGUGAUCACUGGUAGUUUUUGUGUCUAGCAGUGUCUCCCGCUCACACACCUCCCUGCCCUUUGUAACACUGUUUAAAUAAAGGAUUGUUAUACUCUG